UAAGUAAUGUAUGGAACUACGUUGUGGGAUUUGCCAAUUACUUGUGCUUAAUCGGUUGUUUAUCUAUUCUGGGCAAACACGUUGGCGGCGCCUCGAGAUUGCUACAAAACAAAGUACUGCAGUGCCGGACAAUCCAGCAGCGUCAUCACUCAACAUCACUAUAUAGAACGCCUUUGAUAGAUUACUCGAUUUCUGUUUACUCUUUAUCAAAUUUUUGGGUUUUUAUGUUGAAUAAAAAAAAACAACAAUAUUAUCAGACAAUAACGUGAUUGCGAGUGGUAAUAGUAUUAUUCAGAUUAGCACGCCUUCCGAUUUUCGGGCUGUGUUAUUUUCCGUUUCAUUUUAUAAUUGCCUCAAAAGACUUUUGUUUAGAUUGGAGUGCUGAAGAAUCUUUUUCAUUCUCUGAAAAGUAAAUAAAUUUGCGCAGCUGAAACUGUUUAGUUUUAGCGUAAUAUGUAUGUAUGCUUUAAGAUGGUUAUCUAUUUUCCUAGAAUUGGAUUUUAGUUCGUAACUGCCCAGUUCCUUAUCAAAAGAUGAAGCUUUAAAUAACCCACAGAGAUGUUUCGUAUUGCUGUUUAGCUGUUGCUAAACUUAACUUAUCUUUUGAAUAGUGAAUACCCAUUUAUCCAAAGAAACAACAAUGACGACAUUGAAUCGGGCAUAAAGCCGCAGAAUGAGGUGCCAGUGCCCCGGCAGCACUUUGUUUGGGUUAUUUUGGGAGCCCGCAAUAUUGAUGGGCGGUGGUGAAGUGAGGGAUUCGGAGUGGGGACAGGUAAUGAGGAAGCCGAAACAGGUUUGCACAGACUUAGCCGUGCGGUGAGGUAAAUUGUUAGUCAGCAUCAGCCCCGUCCGCGUACCCACAUUAUGGACAAAUUGUUUGCUCAUAUUCGCCGCUAUUGAAAGUGGGCACGUACAUACGUACGUAUGGCUCGAGAGACCAGCUUUAACCGAAGACAGGUAGUCAGGGUCAUGUUUGUGUGCGAUGCUGAUGAUCAUGAUAAUAAUAAUAAUGAUGAUGAUGCCGACGAUCGUGCUGAUAAGGUCACCGCCGGGUGCACCUCCCCAUAUCUCCUCUAUGAAUCCACAGAUCAUCAUGAUGCAACGCUGUUUGCGUCUCCAAAAGCCGCUGGCCCUGCGGCGAGGCCUUCACUUGGCCCAAGUUAAUAGCCAAGCGGUGGCCACAGAAGCACCCGAGGCGGAGCCUCUGGAUGCCUUCGAGCGUCAGUACCUCAAGGAGCGAAUCGAGAUAUCGCCUUUCCAGCGGCUGUUCCUGGGGACCGGAUCCUCCAUUGCUGCGCUCUUGAAUCCAAGGCGACAUGACAUGAUCGCCUGUUUGGGUGAGACGACUGGAGAGGAUGCUCUAUGGACUAUUUUGGACACCAUGCAGGCCAGCGAGGAGGGUCAGCGCAUCAUGGCUGAUAAGCCGCGCAUCCACACCAGCACCAUUGACUUCAAGUACCUGGAAACUUUGCCACCGGAUACCUUUGGAGCCGCUUACGUAAAGUUUCUGAAAGAUAAUCAAGUCACGCCGGACAGUCGCAUGGCCGUGCGGUUUCUGGAGGACCCGAAGUUGGCCUACUUGAUGACGCGGUAUCGCGAAUGCCACGACCUGAUCCACACGGUGCUGGACAUGCCCACUAAUAUGCUGGGCGAGGUGGCCGUCAAGUGGGUGGAGGCUCUGAACACGGGCCUGCCCAUGUGCUACGGUGGUGCGGUGUUCGGAGCAGUUCGCCUACGUCCCAAGCAGCGGCGUGCGUACUUGAAGCAUUACUUGCCGUGGGCCCUGGAGAACGGCAAGCGGGCCAAGCCCUUGAUGCCCGUCUAUUGGGAGAAGCGCUGGGAGCAGAACAUCCACGAGCUGCGCUCCGAAUUGGGCAUUACUGUGCUGAAUAAAGCUUGAUAAGACUAUUUAUUUUUAA